GAAUCAGAGCUUCAAUUCGCAACACUGGCGCGGCAAUUCCUUUAAAUCGCAUUCCCAACCCUAGAAAGUACGGAUCAUUUCAAAAGCACAUUUGGUUCUUCGGCUUAACAGCUUCUCUAAAACCCCAGAGUCUCCAAAACCGCUACUCGCUACUCUUCAAUCUACUGCCAUUAGCUUGCGCUUUCUCUCAUCCUUAGAGAAAUGGAGUUUUGGGGUGUUGAAGUCAAGGCUGGACAAACCCUUAAGGUUAAUCCUGGUGAUGAUAAGAUUCUACAUCUCUCCCAGGCAUCUCUUGGUGAAGUGAAAAAGGACAAAGGAAAUGAUUCUGUUCCUCUCUAUGUGAACGUUGGUGGUCAGAAGCUUGUUCUUGGAACACUGUCUCAUGAGAAAUGCACUCAAAUAACUUUUGAUUUGGUUUUUGAGAAGGAAUUUGAACUAUCCCACAACUGGAAGCAUGGGUGUGUCUACUUCAUUGGAUACAAAUCUGUUUUCCCAGAUGAAUCGGAGGAUUUAUCUGAUUUUGAAUCAGAUUCUGAAGAAGAGGAAAUUCCACUUCAAGCAACUGAGAAUGGAAAACCUGUGCAGAAGAAGGCAAAACCUGCAACAGAAAAGGCUAAUGCAGAAAAGCCUGAUACUUCAAAAGCUAAGCCAAAGGUGAAGAUUGUUGAACCCGAAAAAAGUGACAAAUCCAAAGAAGAGGAUGAUGAUGAAGACGACGAAGAUGAUUCUGACGAAGACGAAUCAUUUGAUGAGGACAUGCUUGACGCCGCGGAUGGUAGUGAAGAUGACAAUGAGAGUUCAGAUGACGAAGAUGAAGACACCCCCACACCCAAGAAGGUGGAACAGGGUAAGAAAAGGCUGUUGGAUUCUGUUGCAAAAACUCCUGCUUCUGAUAAAAAGGCAAAAUUGGUCACUCCUCAGAAAACAGAUGGAAAGAAGGGCGGUGGCCAUACUGCAACACCUCACCCCAACAAGGCAGCUGUGAAGACUCCUGUGAGCAGUGACAAGUCAAAGGGACCACAAACCCCAAAAUCCCCUGGACAGUUUUCAUGUAAAUCUUGCAACAAGUCCUUCAGCUCAGACAAUGGUCUACAAGAUCAUAACAAGGCAAAGCACAGCGGUGGCAAGUGAAGCAAGGCAGUUUAAUAGGCAAAGGCAAAAAGCACAGUGGUGACAAGUGAAGUGAGGGCAGUAUUUUUGAUGAUGGAGAGCUUGUGAACUAUACUGAUUAGGUUUUGGAGGGCCUACUGCAGAGGUGUUAUAUGGUAUUAUUACCGAAGGAGGAAACAAUUGUAGUAAGUAGGUUUAUUUGUGUUAAGAAGGGAUGAUUGUAUGGACUUGUUUUAAUGCGAUGUGCGAGCUCUGUGAUAUCAAUGUUGAUUGCAAGUUGAAAGUGAUCAACUUCCCUUCCAGUCA